UCUUACCCUUCUUCAGUCACGUGGGGACGUUUCUAUGACAUAAACUGAACACAAACUGUUUGGGAAUCUUCCUCUUCCUGGUCAUGUGAUCGGCUCCUCCACCUAUACGAGCCCUGCAGACACCAGGGGGCGGGGUCAUUGAACGUCAGGGGGCGGGGCCCCGUCACAGGUGAGUUAUCUCAGUAGAGCCCGGUAUACUGACCUAUAUACUACGUCACUGCCCUACUAUAUACAGUACUUACCUUACUACUAAGAGCACAGCCCGAGCCCCGCCCUUCACUGUCACAUGACCAUCCUAACAGGUCCUUCACCACAUGACCAUCCUGCUGAACUCCGCCCCUACAUGUACUGGUCACAUGAUUGUGACAUCAUCACAGGUGCUACUCCUCCGCACCUGACUGCCACAGAAAAGGUCCUGAUCGGACGGAUGGACAAGGACAGGAAUGAGACGACUAAGAGAAUAUUACACUUCACUCUGGAGAUCCUCCACCUGCUGACCGGAGAGGAUUACACCAUAGUGAAGAAGACAUGGGGGGAGUGUGUGGCCCCCAGCAGCCAUCUCCAUGAGUCAGGAGGACGGAGCAGGGCCCGGGGCCCCAUCAUGGAGCCUCCACCUCCCUCACCGAUACAUGAGAAGAAGAUCCUAGAACUCACCCACAGGAUCACUGAGCUGCUGACUGGAGAGGUUCCUAUAAGGUGUCAGGAUGUGGCGGUCUAUUUCUCCAUGGAGGAGUGGGAGUAUGUAGAAGGACACAAGGAUCUGUACCAGGACAUAGUCAUGAUGAAGGAUCACCGGCCCCUCACAUCACAAGAUGGAGUCAUUGAUAGAAUUCCACCCGAGAGGUGUCCCCGCCCUCUGUAUUCCCAGGACUGUCCAGAGGGAAAUGUCCCAGAGAAGCAUCAGGGGGGAGAUCUGACUAAUAAUAAAGUGGAGGAUGAAGAAGAGAGGAUGAGGGGCCAUCACCCGUGUAUGAGGGAAGUGAAGGAGGAAAUUCCAGGAGGUGUUACCCCAGGAAAUACGAAUAAUAACUGUGAGGGAAACAUCAUGUUAUCUGUGAGUGAUAAAGGAGAAGAUGGAGAGAUCAUGGAGCGCUCCUCUGGAGAAGAUGGAGAGAUCAUGGAGCGCUCCUCAGGACAAGAUGGAGAGAUCAUGGAGCGCUCCUCAGGAGAAGAUGGAGGGAUCAUGGAGCGCUCCUCAGGACAAGAGGGAGAGAUCAUGGAGCGCUCCUCAGGAGAAGAUGGAGAGAUCAUGGAGCGCUCCUCAGGAGAAGAUGGAGAGAUCAUGGAGCGCUCCUCAGGAGAAGAUGGAGAGAUCAUGGAGCGCUCCUCAGGAGAAGAUGGAGAGAUCAUGGAGCGCUCCUCAGGACAAGAUGGAGAGAUCAUGGAGCGCUCCUCAGGACAAGAUGGAGAGAUCAUGGAGCGCUCCUCAGGACAAGAGGGAGAGAUCAUGGAGCGCUCCUCAGGACAAGAGGGAGAGAUCAUGGAGCGCUCCUCAGGACAAGAGGGAGAGAUCAUGGAGCGCUCCUCAGGAGAAGAUGGAGAGAUCAUGGAGCGCUCCUCAGGAGAAGAUGGAGAGAUCAUGGAGCGCUCCUCAGGAGAAGAUGGAGAGAUCAUGGAGCGCUCCUCAGGAGAAGAUGGAGAGAUCAUGGAGCGCUCCUCAGGAGAAGAUGGAGAGAUCAUGGAGCGCUCCUCAGGAGAAGAUGGAGAGAUCAUGGAGCGCUCCUCAGGACAAGAGGGAGAGAUCAUGGAGCGCUCCUCAGGACAAGAUGGAGAGAUCAUGGAGCGCCCCUCAGGAGAAGAUGGAGAGAUCAUGGAGCGCUCCUCAGGAGAAGAUGGAGAGAUCAUGGAGCGCCCCUCAGGAGAAGAUGGAGAGAUCAUGGAGCGCUCCUCAGGAGAAGAUGGAGAGAUCAUGGAGCGCUUCUCAGGAGAAGAUGGAGAGAUCAUGGAGCGCUCCUCAGGAGAAGAUGGAGAGAUCAUGGAGCGCUGCUCAGGAGAAGACCUCCUUACCCCUAAUGUCCAUCCAGAUCUAUCCUAUAAUGAUCCCCCUGGUCAUGGGGAACCUUCUCCUCACCAACCACACAUUGUUACCACAAGGACAGAGAAGAAAGGGGGGAAAAAGAUCCAAUGUGAUGAAUGUGGGAAAGAGUUUACAAAAAGAUCAAAUCUUAUUACACACAGAAGAAGUCACACAGGAGAAAAGUCAUAUUCAUGUUCAGAAUGUGGGAAAUGCUUUAAAAAGAAAUCAAAUCUUAUUACACAUGAAAGAAGUCACACUGGAGAGAAGCCAUAUUCGUGUUCAGAAUGUGGAAAAUGCUUUAAAAAUAAAUCAAAUCUGGUUAUACAUAAAAGAAUUCACACAGGAGAGAAGCCAUAUUCCUGUUCAGUAUGUGGGAAAUGUUUUAUAAGCAAGUCUAACUAUGAUAAACAUGAGAGAACUCACACAGAAAAUAAUAAGCCAUUUUCAUGUUCAGAAUGUGGAAAUAGUUUUUCAAGUAAGUCAUAUCUUGUUAUACAUCAGAGAAGGCACACAGGAGAGGAGCCUUUUUCCUGUUCAAAAUGUGGGAAAUGCUAUUUAUGUAAAUCACAUCUUGUUAGACAUGAGAGAAUUCACACAGGAGAGAAGCCAUAUUCAUGUUCAGAAUGUGGGAAAUGCUUUACAUAUAAAUUUGAGCUUCUUAAACAUCAGAGAAGCCACACAGGAGAGAAGCCAUAUUCGUGUUCAGAAUGUGGGAAAUGUUUUACAUGUAAAUCAAAUCUUGUCCUACAUGAGAGAAGUCACACAGGAGAGAAGCCAUAUUCGUGUUCAGUAUGUGGUCAGUGCUAUUCAAGGAAAUCACAGCUCGAUACACAUGAGAGAAGUCACACGGGAGUGAAGCCGUUUUCAUGUUCAGAAUGUAAAAAGUGUUUUACAAGUAAAUCAGAUCUUGUCAUACAUGAGAUAAGACAUACAGGAGAGAAUCCGUAUUCAUGUUUCGAAUGUGGGAAAUGUUUCUCACGUAAAUCAAAUCUUGAUAUACAUAUGAGAAGUCACACAGGAGAGAAGCCAUUUUCAUGUUCAGAAUGUGGGAAAUGUUUCUCACGUAAAUCAAAUCUUGAUAUACAUAUGAGAAAUCACACAGGAGAGAAACCAUUCUCAUGUUCAGAAUGUUUGAAAUGUUUCUCACGUAAAUCAAAUCUUGAUAUACAUAUGAGAAAUCACACAGGAGAGAAACCAUUUUCAUGUUCAGAAUGUGGGAAAUGUUUCUCACGUAAAUCAUAUCUUGAUACACAUGUGCGAGGUCACACAGGAGAGAAGCCAUUUUCAUGUGCAGACUGUGAGAAAUGUUUUAUAGAUAAAUUGAAUCUUUUUACACAUGCGAGAAUUCACACAGUAGAGAAGCCGUAUUCAUGUUCAGAGUGUGGGAAAUGUUUCUCACGUAAAUCACAUCUUGAUAUACAUGUGCGAGGUCACACAGGAGAAAAGCCAUUUUCAUGUGCAGAAUGUGGGAAAUGUUUUAUAGAUAAAUCUAAUCUUGUUACACAUAAGAGAAGUCACACAGGAGAGAAACCGUAUUCAUGUUCAGAAUGUGGGAAAUGUUUCUCACGAAAAUCAUAUCUUAAUACACAUGUGCGAGGUCACACAGGAGAGAAGCCAUUUUCAUGUGCAGAAUGUGGGAAAUGUUUUAAAGAUAAAUCGAAUCUUGUUACACAUGAGAGAUUUCACACAGGAGAGAAACCGUAUUCAUGUUCAGAAUGUGGGAAAUGUUUCUCACGUAAAUCAUAUCUUGAUACACAUGUGCGAGGUCACACAGGAGAGAAGCCAUAAUCCUGUGCAGAAUGUGGAAAAUGUUUUACAGAUGAAUCAAGUCUUUUUACUCAUAGGAAAAUUUACACAGGGGAAAAACCAUAGUUAUGUUCACAAUGUGGUAAAUGUUUUAUACAGAAAUCACAUCUUGUUAUCGGUGAGAGAAGUCAGAGGAGAGAAGCAUUAUUUAUGUUCUGAAUGUGGGAAAUGUUUUAUUACUAAAGUCAAAUUAACGUAUCAUCAGAGAAGUCAAGUGGAGCGUUGGUGACUUCCAAAGCCAUAAAGCUGAAUUGUCACCGUGAACCUUCCUAUUAUUGACCCCACUGCAGGAGAAACCAUAGUGACACAGGGGAAAGAUCAGGACACCCCAUGUAGUUUUUUUUUUUAAACUUAAUCUUUUUCCACACAAUAUAUAAAAAUAAAGGUGAUAAAGCUGAAUAAAAAAUAAAUAAAAGAUGCUUGUUAUAAGGCUCGUAUAUUUCAUAUCUGCUCAUGUUUCUUUCCAUAGAAAUGUUUUAAGGUCUAUUAACCUCUUAUAGGGCGAGUCUUGUUUCCAUGGAGAGAAUACACCGCUAGACUAAUCUUCUGAUCUCCUGUCACCUGACCUUGCCUUUUCCUGUUGAUUUUGUACUGCACUGCUGUAUAGGUUUGACCCAUUGCUUGUCCUGACUCUGGUUCUGUGAUUUUGUGCUGCGUUUGCCCACGUGUUGCCGACCUGGUUUCUCUGACUAUCCUGAUCUUGUUCUACAGGAGAGAAGUCUUAUUCAUGUUCAGAAUGUGGGAAAUGUUUCUCACAUUAAUCACAUCUUGAUGCACA